UGAUACAAUAACGAUAUCUAUUGCAAACCCGAAUUAAGUGUUGAGUUGUACCGAAUAAUCACAAUGUUGCGACAUUAGCCCUACAGCUGUUAAGACCUAAAUAUAAUUUGCAUACAAAAACAGUAAUCCGAACCGCAAUUGCCAUUGGAAGUUACAGAGCACGACGCAGAACUAAACCAAAUAUUAAUAGAUCUACUUUAAAAUAAGAUCAAACUCAAUUAAAGUUCCAUAAGUAGUUGCGCUAAUGCGCAACAUGCAAGAAAAUGACGUAGUAAGUGAAACAAAGAAUUAUAAUUUAAAAUGGAGUUGACAACUGGGUUCAAAAAAAAAUACAUCGGCGUCAGCGUCAGUUGAAAAAUUUAAUGAGUAUAAUAUCCAUAGUUCGAAAUAGCAACAAGACAUCCUAGUAGUCAAAUUGUUCGAAACAAAAUUAGUUUAAGUACGUACAUAUUGUUAAUUAGUAUCUUAAAAACAUUUUUUAAAAAAGCAAUAUUUUUAUCAUAAUAGUCUUGUAGACGAUUUCAAGAAGAGUCUGUCACACAGAGUAGACAAAAUGAUAGUUUUAUUUUAUAUUUUAUGGCAGAUAUGCAUGUAUGUUUAGUUUGCUUAGUAAAUGGUCGUUUAUUAAGUUGCAAUCCUUUUCCAUUUAUUAUUGAUAAAACGAAAAAUAUGACUAGUUUUAACUUAAGUAGCUUACUCAUUCCACUCUGGCGUCGCCCAAAAUAAAUAAACAUAAAUGUACACAGUUAAUGUAAAGGGAUAAAGGAGAUAUGUAUUUUUCUUUCAACUUUUCACAAAUCAUGAACUUAUACCCCAAUAAAUAAAGCGGUAAAGCAACCAAGAUAAAAAAAUACAAAUUUGAAAUAAUUUCUGGUUACAGCUAGACCCAGUAAACCUGUCCAGCCUGUGAUGCCCACAACAGACGACAGAGUACAACAGACAGCGGACUCCAUGCCAAAUGUAUCUGCACCAUCCCUAACACCAAUGUUAUCAACAGCACAAUCUGUACCAUCGACUAUUCCCAUAGCUACUAUUCAGCCAAUGCCUAAAUCUUCAGAACCACUGAAACCACCAGAUGACAUUACAUCAUUUCCUGAAAAACCGACCUUUGUACCACCCAAAUCAAUAUCCCAAUCACCGAAGAUAUCACCAUCAUCAAUUCCCAACCCGAGUCCAAGUGCCACCACAACUAAACCAGUACAAUUAGGCUAUCCCAACUAUGGUUGCUACAUGUACUCAGUGCCAGUAUAUUCGGCGUUUCAACCAGUUUCAUAUCCAGUUCUUGUUCAGCCAAAUAAUAAUCAAAGACCAAUAACUGAUCAAGUGACAGCGACAGAAAUUGUAUAUCCCCAAACGAGAGACGGAACAGUUUCUUCUGAAGGGAAAAUGGAAGAAAAGUUCCCGGAAACACUGCCUAACGAAACAACAUCUCAAACAGACUUUGAAGAAAAUUUUACUCCUAAAGUAAUACCUACAAAUAUAGAUACAAAUAUUCCAGAAGGUAUUAAAAGUAAGAUAGACAGUGUAAAUGACAAUUUAAAUAGCCCUGGUCCAAUCUCAACUCCGAUGUUUAAAGAUUCAAAUAAAAAGCCCAUAUCCGAAAGGUUUAGUCUAAAAACCAGCAUUCCAAUCAGUAAGAUAGACAUGAAGUGUGUUACAAAUACUUCAGACAGUUUGCAAUCUUCUCAACUAAAGAAACCAUUCAAUCCAGCUUUCCAUACCUCUAAAACAGAUGCACCAAAAAUCGAAAUACAAAGUAAUGUGCUAAUAAAGGAAAAUAAGUUAAAAGAUGUUCCAGGUUCGACUAAUAGUAUAAAUACUCUCAUAACAGCCGCUGAAGUCAUAAGUCAGGCUGAAACUCAAUUUCGCAAGCCUGAUACGAAAACAGACGUGGAACAAAAUAAAGAUGCAUGUAAAACAAAUAUGCUACCUCCCAAUAUCAUACCAUCUCGCACAAUUUUUAAUCCGAUAAAUUUAGACUCAAUAACUCCUAAAUUUUCAACAUCACAAGAGAGAGCAAACGAUCAAAAAUCAAACCAACUAUUACUGAUACAAAAUAAAAAUUCUUCAAAUCAAAAGAUGCUACUUGCCAUACAACAACAACCCCCUCAGGUGCCACUUUCUAGAUCUGGAGUCGACCAAAAAAACUUGCAAACUCCUUCACGGCAAAUUAGCCAAGCAAAAAAAUCUAAAGAAGAAUUGGUUAAUGAAAAUGAAACAUCGUCUAAAGUAGUUUCCUUGAAAAGGAUGCACCAAGACGACUGUGAUGAGAAUGAUUUUGAAAAUCUAAUAACCGAAAAUCAAAUUUAUGGAAAUAAGAUAGUCGUGAAGGAGAAGUCGCAAGGAACGUUACAGGAGCAAGAAAUUAAAAAUAAAAACAAAGUAGAAAAAGCGGGUCAACCAACUUCAAAAAACCUAGUAUUACAGUCUAAUUUUGUAUAUUUAAGCAAUGUUCAGUUUCCGGCAAAUGUUAUGAUGAUAAAAAAUAACGUUAAAGUAAAUAAUGAAGCCUUAAAACCUUCCGUUAAUGAAAUCAAACCUAAUGCAGAUAUCAGUACAACUAAUAAGAAUAUCGAAUCUGUGGCCAAUAGUUCAAUUACUAAGGCAACGCAGGAAAAUAAAGAGGUUCAAAUUCUUGGAACUAACGACUUAAAUCUAAAAUUACCAAGUACAAACAGUAACACAUUCAUACAGACACCAAAUUCAAAAGUUAUAAGGAAUUCACAAUUAGUUUAUCAAGUCCCGAUGAUAAUGGACAGAGAUAAUCAACACAUAAUCGGGCGAGAUGGAAACAAAUUUGUAGAAAGCAAAAACGAAGCCCAAAAAAUUGAAAAUAACAGACCUAAUGAUAAAAUUUUCAUAGCUUGUCAAAUGGAUUCUAAAUUACAACCAAAACUAUUAAUAACGAAUAUAAGAGCUAAGUUAAAUGCAACAGAAGAAGUAAGCUCACUAGAUCUCUAUGAAAAAAGAAAGAGAUUGAGGAGAUUAAAGCAUUUAACUAACCGUAAUAGUCAAGAACCUAAAAAAAAUGUUAUACCAGCAGAAGAAGUUGAAAACCACAUUAUAACACCUGAAAAAAUGAUAGAUGAAAUUUAUAACGAAUUUUAUACAAAGAAAUCAAAUCGAGCCGAUAUAGAAAGUGGCAGUGAGUAUGAAGAUGACGAUAUUAUCGAUUAUGAAAAAGUUAUCAAAGAUUUUAGUUCAACAACCAAAGACAACUGUAACGAAAAAAAAAUAUUUCUCGCAAAUUUCCGAUUAACAACGUUCAAAGAUUAUAAAGAACGAGAAAUGGAUCGACAGGAAAGAUCUAUGAAAAAAGAUGCGAUUGCAUCGGCAUAUAUAACUGCUGGUCGAAUAGACUGCCUUACGACAGAAACUAACUGUUGCAAACGCGAAAGAGACGAAUCAAAUGAUCAUACAGUCUCAAAAUUCUUAGAUGAAUCCGGUGUGAUACAGCAAAGAAAACAAACUUUCCUAUCGCGACUGAAGCUUACUCCAGUUACUAAGAAUGCAAGAGAGGGUUACGAGAAAAUAUGGCAAGAAGUUUUAAAAGAAAGAAAACGUCGUGAAAAGCCAUUAGAUAAUUCCCAAACGAAACAACGAAGACUUGAAGGUGAUAAUCUUAAUUUAGGCACAAGCGACCAAUUAAAACUUAUCAAUGAAAUUAAAAAUCAAGUCAACGAAAACCAUAAUUUAAUUAAAAAAAGACUAGACUUUCACACCGAAGCUGGCGAUAGCAUUAAAAUAUUGGCUGAGAAAAAUUUCUCUGAACUGAAUCGACUGUCCAAAAUGGCCGAUAUAAGUGUGAAGAUUUUUAGUGGACAAGAUACAAGAAAACGCGAUUUAACACCAGGCUUUGACAGUGAAAACAUUCAAGUAACUAAACCGAUAGCUAAUUAUACACCAAUUAAGGUACCAAAUAUAUAUAAAACUCGUGUCUCUGAAACCAUAACUAGCACCGAGGAAACAAAACCGCAAAAGAUGUUAGACGAUGGAGAAAAAUUCAGAGACGCCAGUUGUCAAGUCUCGAACAACUCUUGGCCCGGUGUGGAAACUUUUAUUAAAAGCUAUAAAGAGUAUGAUGCAGCACGCAAGAAAGAAAUAUUGGAUUUAAAUCGUAGCAACACAAAACUUCGUGUUGGGAGUGCGUAUGUAACUAGGAACGCGUCCCGAGACUCCGACAGGGCGAAGGCACUAGUCGCUGAAAGAAAACAUUUGGCAAAAGAGGAGACCGCUGUAAGGAAGUCCAUAAAGAAAUUGUACAGCGCUUUAGAAACUAUAAGAAGUCACAUUAAAUCUUAAUAAGAAUUGUAAUUGCGUUCAUUCAUAAUUUAGUAUUUACCAAAGAGUUAAAACAGUUUAUACUAUAAAUACUUAUUGACAUAAUUAAUAUAAACACGCAGGUGGAAAAAAUCAUAUCAAGUCAUCAGGUUUCAGCAUUCAGUUAUUAAAAUGAUACCCUUUUAAGUGUCUACAAUUGAAAACUUUAGUAUAACAGUGUUUGCAAUGCCGUUAUAAUGAAGUUUUAGACAUCCGUAAACAGUAAACCUACAGUAAGUAGGAAACGAGUAACAAUAUUAUUUACAGAUAUACAUUUUUAAGUAAAAUUACAUUUGAAUUAUUUAUGCUUAGCUUAACACCAAUAAGAACAAAAAAGGAAUUCUUUCCAUAUUUCAAUGCAAAUUGUCAUAAAUAAUAGGAGAAAUAUAUCUUCUUAAAAUAUAUUUUUGCACUGUAGAACUAUCAUAUAAUAAGAAUAAUCUUAUCUAAAAAUCAAUGAUUGCGCUACACGUAUGCUAUGCAUAUGCAUGGGCCAUGGGCGAAUCGUAAGUUCGUGGGGCUCUGGGCUAUUACGGGGGACUUCCCCGUACUUCCACGCGAAUAAAUAUUUCUUUUUUUUUAAUGGUAUAUAUUAUUUUUUAGACAAAAUAUCAUCGAUGCUUUUCAGUGAGGACUGGGGCCCUAUGUAUCCACGGGGUCCAAAAAGCCCUGAGGUAGAUCCGCUCCUAAGCAUUUGACACUAAUUCAGCCUCAAAUAAUAUUGAGUAUUUUGUUCUCAUCACAUCUUUUUAAAUAAACGUGACUUAAAAUAUUUCGUACAAAUAAAACCCAAAUUUUAUGUUAAAUCUUUCUUAUAUUUUUCGAUCAAGUAAUUGUUUAAUUUUUUAUUAUAGAAAUAAAACAGACGGUGUUAAUAUUAAUUUUAGAUUUAAAUGUUGAUUGUGAAUAAUUGUAUUAUUCUAUAAAAGUGAACAGGUUAGAUAAAAGUAGUUAAACUACUCAAAGUAAGGAUAUUUUAUUGUUCAAGAAACAGAAUUAAUUUUCUUUAUGUGUGGUAUUAUCAUGGAUUUUAUAUUUACGAUAUAAUACUUUCAAUAUAAUUAUGGAAAAUAUAUAUUCUCAUGUU